AUGCAGGCUUGCGAAUUAUUUACCAUCUGGGCUGCGGCCAUCCUGCUGGCGAACAAAUUCCUCGUCACCGCUCUUCCGCCUUUGAGUUACGUUUGGUUAGCAGAUGCGACAGAACUUUUCGACGGCAACAUGAGUGACGGCGAUAAUGCUGACGAAAUCUAUGCUUAUGAUCCGCUGAACCUAGCUAUUCACCCACAUGAAACUGGUCGCUCAAUGGUCAAAGUCCCAGCAACUGUGUAUCCACACGACACAUCUCCAACUGCAACAUCCGGGGACGACACCACAGGUACUGUGACCGAACAUUCCACCUUGAUCACCACCGCCGCUCGUCCUCACCUGCAACUUCGCAGUCCGAACCCGAAUCCGAAUGAUCUCGUUCCAGACGCAUCACCAUCGAUUCAGUCACUAGAGUCAAUAGUACCGAUAACCACCUCUCGUUCUCUGGCUGUCGAGUGCGGAGGCGGGAGUGAAUGUCCUCCUGGCUACGUUCAAUUACUUGUUCCAGGAAUGUGCUAUUGCCGGCUUCUGCCCUCGCAGAACAGUGUUCAAAUUCUGGGUGAGCAUUGCCAAAUGUUUAAAUCGACUAGCGAUGAAGUUCAGUCUUUCUUUGAUGCCAGAUCUUCUGACGACGUUGCGAUGUAG